CUCAAUAUGGUUUUUCCGAUUGUCAGAAAUAUUUUUGCAAUCUUGAGAACUGGAUCGGCCUGUUGGUCAUGUUUUUGCAAAUUACGUUGAUUGAACGGACAGUUGGCUUACUGUAACUCAUUGUAAUGCUUGCUAGCAAGUUUCUGCUGCUGUGCUAUCAUUAGCUUGCUAGCACAAACCUACCGAACAACUAUGUGAUGCCUAUCCCGGCCAGCUAAUUUGAUACCGAGAGCUAACUUAACUAGUUAGCUAGCUGCCUUUUGAAAGGAAAUGCCCCUACUUUAUCCAACGUGGAAAAAAAGAUGGACAACUAAGUUUCAGGUGCCAUUCUACAGAAAACACAGGAAGGCACAUUUAAAUGGCAACAUUGAAUGUGUCAAUGACAAGAUGGACAACAAUAAGAAGUUCAAGUUUCAGUGGCUACGGUCAGCUGUAUGCUCCCCUACUAAGUUCCAUAAGAGCAAUGUUGGAGAACAUAGACCAACUCGUUGGAGUAUAUCCCCCAAAGAAGAACUGAGUCCGUCUUCGGCAGUUUUAAAUGUGUCUUCAGAGUCUUCUGGUGUUGGAGAACUGGGCAAUAUCUGUUUGGACACACCCAAGAGGAAAGCAGAAACCCAGAAUGGGAGUAACCCAGGUACAGACAAAGUCAAGAAGCUUUCCAGAAAACAUCUUAAAUCCAUCACUCCCUCCAAGGUAAUAUUCAUGGAUGGUACCACAUCUUCGCCUGUCUCUUGUGACUUGAAGAGGAAAAACUCGACUCCCGAUGAAGGAUCCAAGGCAAUCUACCGGAAGGCCUUAACGGCAGCUUUUGGGCGAGGAAGAAAGACCUCAUCCCCAGUCAAAUGUUCUAGAGCCAAGAGCCCCUCUCUAGCCCGGAAGUUCCCAGGCAGGAAGUUGACACUCAACACAAGUGAUGAGAUGCCUAGUCAAGAGUUAGAUCAAAGUACAGACUUUGACUUGAGCUGCUGCUCUGCCCCGUCAGAAAGCGAGCCUGAUGGUAGAGCUCCUGUUGAGGAAGAAGGCGACAAUUGGAUUCGUCCUCUGGUAUUUGUCAACACAGACACUCUAGAAGACAGCGCUUUUCUCGAGAAAGAUACAAGGAGCGUGAUCUUCAAAUCAGGUGACUCUCCUGAUUGGUCAGAUGCUGAGGACCCUGUGGCAGUUAAGACGUUCUCCCAGGAUAAAGAUUUCUCAAGCCAUAAAGAUGAAAGCAGUGAGUCGACACCUUCUGCCCUGGACAAUCGUGACUCCCACUUCAUGAAACCACAAAACUACUCUAUAGGCACCAAGAAACCCAGCAGUCCUGCUUUGCCUACCCAGGGUCUAGUGAUCCCCUCCCUCACCUCUCUCUCCUCACCUGGUCCCUACCUCCCCAAGAAGUGUCUAGACCUCACCUCCCCCCAGUCAUGGAGUACAAGCUUUCCAUCUUCUGAGCAAGCCCUCCCAGGGAUGCAAAGAAGGAAUCACAUAUCCCCUAGCACAACUCCAGAGACUCCCAGGACGGGUGUGGUUAACCAGUGGGACCAGCGACCUACCAGAGGUGCCCUCAUGUCCCCAGACCCUUUUGCACUGCCCAUACGCUCAAGGAAAGACCCAGCGUCCACUUCGGAGAUCCUGCCUCUAGGACACAGCUUGUUCUCCCCCUAUCCCCCCUGUCACCCUGCCCCCCGUAGGUACUCCGAUGCCUUUCUGGACAGCCACGCCUCCACAGCCUUUGACAACGUCACUAGGAGGAUGUCAGUCGGGGCAGAGCCUAUCUGGACAUGUGACCCCUCACAACGGGUAGAGGCCAAGCUGGGGUUUGUGGACACCCACUGCCACCUGGACAUGCUGUAUGGCAAGCUGGGUUUUGUUGGCACCUUUGCACGGUUCCGAAGCAUGCACCGCAGCAGCUUCCCAUCCGAGUUCCAUGGCUGCAUCGCUGACUUCUGCAACCCUCGCAUCAUGGUGAGGGAGGCUCUGUGGGAGGGGCUGCUAGGAGAAGAGUUGGUGUGGGGUGCGUUUGGGUGCCACCCUCACUUUGCUAAGGAGUACUCGGAUGUGCAGGAGCGCAACAUCCUGAUGGCAAUGCGGCACCCCAAGGCUGUGGCCUUUGGAGAGAUCGGCCUAGACUACUCCCACAAAAACUCAACCAGCGCGGUCAAGCAGAAGCAGGUAUUUGAGCGUCAACUGCGCCUGGCAGUGGCCAUGAAAAAACCUCUUGUGAUCCACUGUAGAGAUGCAGACAAAGACUUGCUUGAGAUCAUGAAGAAGUGUGUGCCCCGCGAUUACAAGAUUCACAGGCACUGUUUCACCAACAGUUACUCAGUCAUCGAGCCCUUAUUGGAUGCGUUUCCUAACCUGUAUGUAGGCUUCACUGCCCUCAUCACCUACCCCAAAGCCACUGAGGCUCGAGAAUCCGUGCGCAGGAUUCCCCUUGAACGGAUCGUCCUGGAGACGGAUGCACCAUACUUUCUACCGCAUAAGGUUAGUAGAGAUGUGUGCAGGUUUGCCCACCCUGGCAUGGGCAUUCACACACUCCGUGAGAUUAGCGUCCUAAAGAGAGAGCCCAUCACCACAGUAUUUACCACUGUUAGAAGCAACACCACUCAACUCUAUGGUCUGUAAACUUGAUGACUGUAAAGCUAACCAUGGUUAUCAGAUGUAACCAUGGUUAUCAGAUGUAACCAUACAUGCAUAAAAAAGUGAAAGAAAUGGGGGCUCUGAAAUAGUUUGUUUGAUUUUUUGCAAUAGGUCUGCUUUUCAGAAGAAAAAAAAAAAGAUGAAAGAUAAAUCUCUGAAAUAUAUCAAAUGUAUAUUUGAUUACAUCCUUUGUGU